AUGCUGAAAAGAUAUGUUGGAGUUUCAUUCUCUCAUCGGGACCUCUAUCUAUCUAUCUAUCUCGAUCUGUUCAAUCUAUCUGAUAUCUAUCUAUCUAUCUAUCUAUGUCAGUCUGUUCAUCUCGAUCUGUUCAUUCAUCUAUCUAUCUAUCUAUGUCAGUCUGUUCAUAUCUAUCUUCAGUCUUAUCAUAUCAUCUCUAUCUAUCUAUCUAUCUAUCUAUCUCGAUCUGUUCAUAUCAUCUAUCUAUCUAGUUCUAUCUAUCUAUCUAUCUAUCUAUGUCAAUCUGUUCAUAUUAUCAUCUAUCUAUCUAUCUAUCUCAGUCUGUUCAUAUCUAUCUAUCUAUCUAUCUAUCUAUCUAUCUAUCUAUCUAUCUCUAUCAUAUCUAUCUAUCUCGAUCUAUUCAUUCAUCUAUCUAUCUAUCUAUGUCAGUCUGUUCAUAUCUAUCUAUCUAUCUAUCUUAUCAUAUUCAUCUAUCUAUCUAUCUAUCUAUCUAUCUAUCUCGUCUGUUCAUAUCUAUCUGUUCAUCUAUCUAUCUAUCUAUGUCAGUCUGUUCAUAUCUAUCUAUCUAUCUAUCUAUCUCGAUCUGUUCAUAUCUAUCUAUCUAUCUAUCUAUCUAUCUAUCUAUCUAUCUAUCUAUCUAUGUCAGUCUGUUCAUAUCUAUCUAUCCCCGAGUUUAAACCGAAAAAACAAUUUAAUUGCGAAGACAAAAAACGAAAUAACGUCUUACUCACUCAGGGAAUCACGAGUGUUUUUUUGUUUUUUUCUCUGAGAGACAUGAAUUCUCAGGAAGUUCAGUGUAAGUUAGUUACACUUUUUUCCCGUUCGGUUUCCUUUUCUGGAUUGCCAAGUACUGCUGAGUAG